AUGCACGAGUGUCAGGGAACUAUGCAGCCUAUGCUAGCCCUUGGUCUGCUCCUGCUGCUGAGCCUCGACGGAGGUGUGGCCGUGGCGGCGGAAGACGGCCAGUUCGCCUACCAAGGCUUCGCCGCCGCGAACCUCACCCUGGACGGCGUCGCCGCCGUCACGCCCAACGGCCUCCUGCUGCUCACCGACACGGAGUACCAGACAACAGGCCAUGCCUUCCACCCCGCACCACUCCGCUUCCUCGACAGCUCCACCACGAUGACGAACAGCGCCGCCAUGGCGCGGUCCUUCUCCGCGUCCUUCGUGUUCGCCAUUAGGUCAAGAUACGAUGGCCUGACCAGCUACGGGCUUGCCUUCGUCGUCGCGCUGACCUCGAACCUCUCAGCUGCCGAGAGCGGGCGGUACCUGGGCCUCCUCAACGCGACAAAUGGCACGGCCAGCGAUCCCAUCUUGGCGGUUGAGCUCGACACCAUCAUGGACGUCGAGUUCCGUGACAUCAACAGCAACCACAUCGGCAUCGACGUCAACAGCCUCAUCUCACGGCAGGCCAAGCAGGCUCGGUACUACAGCGACGAGAACGGCGCCUUUCAAGAGCUGAGGCUGAACAGCCGCCAACCGCUGCAGGUGUGGGUAAACUAUGAUGCACAGGUCAGACAACUCAAUGUGACAUUAGCGCCCGUGCAGCUACCAAAGCCCAAGAUUCCUCUACUCUCCGAACUCAUUGGUCUCUCCUCAAUCAUGGCGGACAAGAUGUAUGUUGGCUUUUCGGCUUCCGGAGGUUGGGGCGUAGGUACGCACCACUAUGUCCUUGGAUGGAGUUUUAGCUUGGACGGACCUGCCCCGCUGCUAGACUUCUCCAAGCUUCUUGUCCUACCACGCCUGGGUCCCAAACCUCGGUCGAAGAUCUUGGAUGUCGUGUUGCCACUAGCUGUGACAUUGCUUGUCAUUGCAAUGCUAGUUGUCAUCUUCUUCUUCUUGUGGCAUCGGCGUCGAUUUGCUGAGGUUCGAGAAGAUUGGGAGGACGAGUUCGGCCCACACCGUUUCGCGUACAGGGAUCUAUUUCAUGCCACUGAGGGGUUUUCCGGUACGAAUUUACUUGGUGUGGGAGGAUUUGGAAGAGUGUAUAGAGGAGUGCUUUCUGCGUCCAAUUUGGAGGUUGCGGUGAAGAGAGUGUCACAUGAUUCAAAACAAGGAAUAAGGGAGUUCACCGCAGAGGUGGUGAGCAUUGGUCGUCUCCGCCACCGUAAUCUCGCUCAGUUACUAGGCUAUUGUCGGCGAAAGGGUGAACUUCUAUUGGUUUAUGAGUACAUGGAAAAUGGUAGUCUUGACAAGUACUUGUAUAAUGAAAAUAAGCCAGCUCUACAUUUAUCCGAGAGGUAUCGGAUCAUCAAAGAUGUUGCAUCAAGUUUGUUGUAUCUUCAUGAGGAAUGGGAGCAAAUCGUCAUCCAUCGAGAUAUAAAGGCUAGUAAUGUGCUCUUGGACAGUCAGAUGAUUGGACGGCUCGGUGAUUUUGGUCUAGCAAGGUUAUAUAACCAUGGGACGGUUGCUACAACAAUACAUGUGGUGGGCACCAUGGGGUACCUUGCACCAGAACUUAUACGCACAGGAAAGGCGACACCUUUAACCGACGUGUUCGCAUUGGGCAUGUUUCUUCUAGAGGUCGCUUGUGGGCGUAGGCCAAUUGGAAGCAACAAGGACAUCACACAAGUAGUGUUGGUCGACUGGGUGCUUGAACAUCAUCGCAGUGGCUCAAUUCUGGAUGCGGUGGAUCCAUGUCUCGUGGGGAAUUUCAACACAGAGGAAGCCACCAUCCUUCUCAAAUUAGGUUUAUUAUGCGCCUACCCAUCGCCCAAUGGAAGGCCUAGCAUGCGGAAGGUCAUGCAAUACCUGGACCGUGACCAGACAACUCCUGACCCACCUCCAACGUACAUGAGUUACAGCACGAUAGCGAUGAUGCAGAAUGAGGGGUUCGACUCGUACAUAAUGUCGUGUCCUCCAUCGAACACGAGUAUGGGCACUGUACCUGGUGAGUCUUCAGUGGAGAUUCCGCAAGAGGGGAGGUGA